AUGAGCUUCUUUGCUAAGUUCAAAGGGCUCCCAACCCAUCCCAUAGUCCGCAGGGCUUCCGAGUCGGCUGUACAAGACAAAAAUGCCGGCGCGGAAACCGGCGCGCAAAUUGACACCGAUUCAGACCUGGACCCAGCAGCGCAGAACGAGAAAGAGAUCCAGCUGCACCCCGACCAGAUCACUGCCGACGCUCAGGAUGGUGUCAAGAAGGUCGAGGCGGUGGCUCUGGUCUGGUCUAAGACCGCUGUCUACGCGACCUACUUCUGGAUCUGGGUCAGCUUCUUCAUGCUUGCUCUCCAGCAAGGAACAACUUCGAUCUUCAACGCUGCUGCAUAUGCCGAGUUUGUGACUGCCCCCCAAAUCACCACGGCGAACGUUCUUGCCAGCAUCAUCGGUGGUGUGAUCAAACUUCCUAUUGCAAAGGUGCUCAACAUCUGGGGACGUGCAGAGGGCUUCUUUGUCUUUGUGUGUGUCUAUCUUAUCGGCAUGAUCGUCCUAGCAGCAUCCAAUGGUCCGAGUUCAUACGCAGCUGGAUACGUCCUCUACUGGAUCGGUUAUGAUGCAAUUUAUUUGAUCUUGGACGUCUUUGUGGCAGAUACUUCUGGCCUCCGGAACCGAGCGUUCGCUUUUGCAUUCGUUGGCACUCCCUUCAUCUGCACCGCUUUUACCGCGUCGAGGUUAGGCCAGGCGUUUCUGUCAGCGACGACUUGGAGAUGGGGUUAUGGUGCCUUCAUCAUCAUCAUGUUCUUCAUCUUCAUGCCGCUGGUGGUCGUCUUCAAAUUCUAUCAACUCAAAGCGGAAAAGCUGGGUGUCCUUCAGAAACGGGCUGCCAGUGGACGCAACACCUUCGGAUCGCUUGUCCAUUAUUUCCACGAAUUCGACAUCAUCGGGGCUUGCCUGCUCAUCGCCGCAUUUGUUCUCUUCCUGCUGCCUUUCACGCUGAAGAGCUAUGGCAAAACCCAGUAUGACUCUGCCAGCUUCAUCGCCAUGGUUGUCAUAGGCGUCCUUCUCUUCCCAGCCUUCGCUGUAUGGGAGAAAUGGUUUGCCCGCACUCAUUUCAUUCGAUGGGAGUUGUUCAGGCAACGAACUGUUCUCGGUGCCUGCAGCUUGUCAGCGAUCCUCUAUUUCUCCUUCUACUCAUGGGAUCUGUACUACUACAACUUCGUCCUGGUUGUGUACAACCUCAGCAUCAGCAAUGCGGGCUACAUGACUCAAAUCUACAACGUUGGUUCAACUUUCUGGGGAGUGGUUUUCGGCGUCUACAUCCGCGCCACUAAAAGGUUCAAAUACGCCUGCCUGUUCUUCGGCCUCCCUCUCAUGAUGCUGGGUGCGGGCCUUAUGAUCUACUUCCGAGGAUCGGACCAUGGCAUAGGCUAUCUGAUCAUGUGCCAGAUCUUCAUUGCAUUCUCUGGCGGUACUCUGGUCAUUGGCGAAGACAUGGCCGUCAUGGCUUCGGCCGAUCGUGAUGGUGUGCCCAUGAUGCUGUCCCUCAUCGGCCUGAUGUCCAGCGUCGGUGGUGCCAUUGGUCAGGCAGUGGCGUCGGCCAUCUACGACAACACCUUCCCCCAGACCUUGCGGGACAAUUUACCCGACGACGCCAAGGGUGACUGGAUGGCCAUCUACAAUGGUGGUUACGUGACCCAGAUGACAUACCCGCCCGGCAGUCCGGUCAGAAACGCGAUUAACCAUGCUUGGGGAGAAAGUCAGAAGUACGGCGCCAUCUCCGCCACCUGCAUCCUCGUUCUGGCCAUCCCGGCAAUCGCCAUCUGGAAGAACCACAAUGUCGACAAGAAGCAGAACAAGGGUAACAUUCUUUGA